CUUUCACGUUGAUAUCAUAAAGCACGCACUGUCUUUUACGAAAGUAUCUACCGGUAAUAUCUUAAGACAAGAUGCACGGAAUGUCAUUUCACGGCGGCGUUGCGGAAACUAUUCUGUUCCAAGGUUGGCGCAUAGAUAAUGCGCAGGGAAUGGUCGGUUCCGUAAUCGGCGUCAUUCUUCUAACCGCAUUGUAUGAAGGUCUAAAAUCUUAUCGUGAGUAUCUCUUCGCGCACACGACGUUCCUCAGGAAGAACCAGCAGAAGAAAUCGAGAAAUGCAUUGUUGUUUUCCGGAGUGCAUUUCCUUCAAACGUUUCUGCAAGUGAUUCAAGUGGUGCUCGGCUAUUUUCUCAUGUUUAUUUUUAUGACGUACAACUAUUGGCUUUGCAUUGCUAUAGGAGUUGGAACAGCUCUCGGAUAUUGGUUAUUCUCAUGGGAUAAAACUAAUAAUGAUAAUACAGAUUGUUGUUCGUAACAGUAACAAAAAGUGUAUAUACGAUUUUUGAAAUAUUGAAUUAAUAAUAUUUCAAUCAUUUA